UAAAAAUGGAAAGUACUCUUUUCUGUGUGUGUGGGUGUGUGCUUGUGUUUGUGGGUAUGUAUCAGAGAGCGUAUGUAUGUGACUGUGUCAGACUGCACGUGCGUGUUUGGUGAGUGUAGAAUGUCAGAGGCUUGACUGGAGUCGACACCAAAAACGUAAGAGGAAGAAAACCCAGGAGGAUGUCAGAAGAGUCGACACACAGGCAGGAAGAAGACCACCAGCAAUGAGAGAGUGGAGCGAGGCAGAGAUGUCCAUGACUGCUGGGGGCUACCUCACCAGCUCUGAGGGAUACGGCACCACGGAACCUCUGCAGUACUACGAUGUGCUGGGGGACCCGCUGGGCUAUCCUUACCAGGAUCUAGACCUCCAGGGCUUCCCGUACAGCCAGCAGCAGUACAGCCCAGUCAACGCCCCCCCCUUCUCCCUCUAUGGAGCCCCGUCCUCCUCCUCUCCCCAUCCCUGCCAUUCCCCCUACCCCUACAACUCCCACUGCCUGGAGCCUCCCUGCGAGCCCAGCCUGGAUCCCCAGUGCGGGGACCAGGGGAAGGGAGGAAGCGCGGGGGUGGUGCCCCUGGUUCGGAGGACCAGGCUGGGCCACAGUGGUAGGGUGAGAGGUCAGGAUGAGCUGUGUGUGGUGUGUGGGGACAAAGCCUCCGGGUAUCACUACAACGCUCUCACCUGCGAAGGCUGCAAAGGCUUCUUCCGGAGGAGCGUGACCAAGAAGGCGGUGUACCGCUGCAAGAGUGGCGGAGGCUGUGAGAUGGACAUGUACAUGAGGAGGAAGUGUCAGGACUGCCGUCUGAGGAAGUGUCGUGCCGUGGGCAUGCUGGCUGAAUGUCUGCUGACGGAGGUGCAGUGCCAGUCCAAGAGGUUGAGGAAGGGAGCGAAGCUCAGGGGAGGGCAGGAGGAGGAGGAGUGUGUGGAGAGCGGGAGCAUCACCUCCACCAGCAGGCUGCAUGGACAGGCGUUGUCCACCAGUCUAUCAAGAGAACAGCAGCAUGUGCUGGAUAACAUGGUGGAGGCCCAUCGGCAGUACAGGGUCCAGGACUACACACACAGCAGGGUGUUUGACUGGUCCUGUGCAGACGGGAGUGGAGACAGACUAGCUGAGCCGGUCUCUCUUCCCUCUCAGAGACUGCUGCACUUUGCCAAAAGUGUACCUGGGUUCGAUCUUCUUGACUGUUCGGACCAGAACACUCUGCUCUCCAGUUGCUCUGUAGAGGUCAUGUUCCUAAUGUCAGCUCAGCAGUUCUCCCAGAACCCGGCAGGACCCAGCCCAGCAGCACUACAACCUUUCAACAUCUCAACUCAUCACUGGCUGAAAACUUUAGAAUCAAAGGAAAACAUACACAGUGGCACCUCAAUGAACUGUGGAGUCAGUGAGGACCUGCUAGGACCAGUCCUCAACUUCUUCCACAGUAUGACAGCUCUGGGGGUGACGGAGGCUGAAUACUCUUUACUCACCGCAACAGCACUGCUCUGCUCAGACCGCGCCUCGCUGCGGGCCGUGGCCUGUGUGGAGAGCCUGCAGGAGCUGAUCCUGGAGCUGCUGUCUAGGGUGUGUGGGGCCCACGGCGGAGCUCCAGUGUGUGGGGCCCACGGCGGAGCUCCAUCCAGGGGCCCGGGCCCUGCAGGGAAGCAGCGGUUUGCCCGGCUGCUGGGGAGGUUGACGGAGCUGCGGACCCUACGACACAACCACCUCACCCUGCUCCGACCGCAGCCCUGACGUUGCUGGGCAGGGGACACUUCUCCGCUUUGAUUUUGUAUGUGCUAUAUAGUGAGUACCAAAGAUUUUUGAAGAAAUAUUAUUGGCCUGUUUAUUACUGACAUACUUAGCAUUUCUUUAGCAUUUUUACUUUGUCACAUGGUUAUAGUUAUCGUAAUGAAGAAUACUGGUCAAUAAAAAGUUUUUUUGUCAGACGA